UCCCGCUCGCUUCGCUCUCUCCUGAUCCGCGGUCACCGCCUCAACACCUAGAGCUGAGCCCGAGGCGCUGGCCACUCCAGCUGCCUGGAGCCCGGCGGGCUGGGCUUCCCCGCGCCGGUGCUCGCCCGCUGCUCCGCGGUUCCGCUGCUCUCGCCGCCCGGAGCCGCUGUCGUGUUGCCUCAGAGACCCGGACGCCACCGACCCGCGGAACCAAUGAGAACUCCGCUGCUACCGCGGGCGCUCCCAGUGCUGUCCCUACUGAUCUUAGGCUCAGGCCAUUAUGCAGCUGCUGUGGAGCUCAAGGACACCGGCUCUGGGAAAGCAGAACCAUUUUCUGGGGACCACAGUGCUGGUGGACUUGCGGUUUCUGUGGGAAGUGAGGUCUCUACCAUAAGCGAAAUGCCUUCUGGCAGUGAACUCUCCACAGGGGACUAUGACUACUCAGAGGAGUAUGAUAAUGAGCCACAAAUAUCCGGCUACAUUAUAGAUGAUUCAGUCAGAGUUGAACAGGUGAUUAAGCCCAAGAAAAACAAGACAGAAGGGGAAAAAUCUACAGAAAAACCCAAAAGAAAGAAAAAGGGAGGCAAAAGUGGAAAAGACAGAAGAAAUAAUAAGAAGAAAAAGAAUCCAUGUGCCGCUGCUGAGUUUCAGAAUUUUUGCAUUCAUGGUGAAUGCAGAUACAUCAAGAACAUGAAGGUGGUGACAUGCAAGUGUCAUCAGGAUUACUUUGGUGAACGGUGUGGAGAAAAAUCCAUGAAGACUCACAGCGAGGAUGAGAGCGACCUAUCUAAGAGUGCAGUAGUAGCUGCCACUGUCUUUGUCUCUGCUGUAAUCCUCACAGCUAUUGGUGUCUUUAUCACAAUGCAGCUUCGGAAACGAUACUUCAGGGAAUAUGAAGGAGAAGCAGAAGAAAGAAGAAGACUUAGACAAGAAAAUGUGAAUGUUCAUGUCAUUGCCUAGCUGAAGACAAUGCAGGAUAACAGUUGAGUCACUGCCAAGCCACACCGGAAAUGACGCAUCUGUCCUCCUUCCAGUGUAGGAAGUGGAGCCUUCUAAUGGCUCCCGAGGCUCAGUUGUCACUUUUUAAUGAUAAUCUUAUUUCUGUACAUAAAGAGAUGUGUGAAGAUAAAUAUUUUUUCAUGUUGUAAAUAAUUUAUUUAAUAUUUAAGUGUUAUUUAUUUUAUAGCUCAUUAAAAAAUUUUUUAAAACAAACA